UCCUUUCCUUUUAAAAGUCAACCAAAAUUAGCAGAAAAAUCCAUGACCUCACCUUUCCUUCACCAACGAUAGCAAAUUUCCUUUCUCAAUUUGAUUCGGUAAUAGCCAAUUGCUCGCAAUUAGAAUUUGAUUUCCGGCGUAUCAAUGAUUCUUUCCAUAUAUCAGGAUAUAUGUAUACAACCAGUGCACAUACAUGUAAUUCAUCUACUGCAUCUUCAACUUGCUUGGAACAUUUGGACGAACUGAGAAGACAAAAAUAAAGAAAAAAUUGGGAAAAGUGCUUGAGGUUUUUUGAGCUCCAAGUACAAAGAGUUCAAGGUGCAGAACCUAUGUAAUUUGUAUUACCUUUUCUUUGAUUUUAAAGGACGCCAUUGAUGCUCUUAUAUUUCAUGUUGUUAUGGUGGAUUGAAGAUUAUAUCAUUUCUAUAGUUCAUAGGUUCAUUAUGUUGGGUCUUGGUUUUCUACUUUUUUUAGUGAUUUUUGUUUUGGCUUAGGAUUGUGCCUUCCAAGUUCUGUCUAUAGGUUUCUCCCAAGAAGAAUGUGCAAUUUAGACACUAGUUAUUAAUUCAAUGCUUUAUUUUAUUAAUUUCUGCAUUGUAGGUCAUCUGGUUUUUGUCUUCAAGAUUCUGCAAAUAGCAUGGUCUGCUUUUUUGGCAGUGAACUGGUUGGUAAUGUGUUAAUUUUACAAUAAUUUUAGGUUCAAAAGCCCUAAGUUUCUUGACGUGAAAUGACAGUGACAUACUGUUCAUAAGAGUUGUUGUUAGGAUUGAAUUUCGAACAUAAAAUUUAGGGUUUAGCAUGUGUGAAACAGACUUAAUGUUGUUAUUUUGUGUUGAUUGUUGCUUUUGGGUUAAAAUGGAUGCCUCUACGUUACGAUUUGGUUUUUAACCCGGGAGAUGCAAUUUUGAUUCAUGUUAUCCGGUUAUCCCAUAUUUACAUUUUAUUUUGGUGCUAUUUUUUGGCUAAAAUGGGUGCCGCUGUGUUGAUUAUUUUUUUUAACAUGAUCAUGCAGACACUCAAUGAUGUGUUCGUAAUACAUUGACCCUUCGAUUCUCCUUCCUAAUUGAGGAUAUAUCUUUAAUAGAAUGUGUUUUUGUCUGUAAUACUUUGGUGGUUUGAAGAAGAGGGAACUGUUCACUUAGAGGUUCCUGGUGUUACGAAUGAUCUCUAAUGCAUUGGUGGUUUGAAGAAGAGGGAACUGCUGACUUUUAGAAAGGAUUGAUCAAGCAGUCUACGUACAUACAGAGCAUGCUAUGAUGAUGAAAAUAUUGAAGAGUUUGAACAUCAGAUGAGUUAAACUCUUGCAUAACUUUUAUUUAUUAUCAACUAAACAAGUAGAAGUUUUUCCUUUAAUUACCUUUAAUGGAACAUCCAUAUAUAUUAUUAUUCCCAUAUUUCAGUGAAUUAGACCCGUAUUGGACAUGCCAUACGACUUUGCUAUCUCUCACAAAUUUGGAUGGUUGAAUGGUUGUGUGUCAAUUGUAUGGAUCUCAAUUUGUUUUUCUUCUCUGCUGAUUUUUCAAUCUCACAGUACUUUGUGUUCUUAUAGUUGGCGAUUUAAUAAAUUGAAUGCUUCCAUUUUUGUGAGGAAUUAGGAUCAUCAUAGUUAUCAUCAUUAUCACUAAAGUAUCUUUUCUUUUCACACCGAUCAGAGAGACCCCAGGUCUGGCCUAGGGUUAAAACCAUAGGCUCAGGGAUUGAGCCUUGGAAUCGGUCGAUACAGUCUCUGGCAAGACAACACUGAAAAAUCAGUGGACGGCAGCUGGGGACGAUUUCUACGUGUACCUGAAAUGCACAAACUGGACAGUAAAAUCAAGGAACAUAACUGGUGAGGAAUGACAUGGCAGGAAGAUCCCUCAGUACAUAGCAAAAGAAACAGCCUUUGCCUUUUUCUCAUAAAUUUCCUAAUGAUGAUCCCUUCCUUCUUGAAUACAUUACAAUUCUACUACAAUCCCUCCUAAGAAACAAUCUAAUUCGAAAGACUGGAAAACUACAGGGGAGUCUUGCAACUAAAACUAUAGACAACCGAAUGAAGUUCCUAGCGCGAAGUCUGCCAAGAACCUUGCAAUCAGAACAGAGGACAUACCCAGGUAUCCUCACUCUCUGUAAUUCCUGCCAUAUCUACAUAGCUUUUAUUCUCUUUUGUUUCUAAUGCAUAGAGUCAUGAAUCUGUAACAACAAAGCCAAGAUAAGUCAUGGGCCAAAUAUUGCCAUGUGAGUUUUGAAAUAUGGUUAGGAAUGCGGGGUGACAAUAUAGCAGGAAAGACCUGGCGCAAAAACUGAAAAUCACGAGCUACCUAAUUCCUCUUCACAAAUGGAACAUCAGAUGCUUCACUGUGGAAUGGCUGCGAAAUUAGCACCAAAUGUUGCCAUCACCAUUGAUAUCAACCCUAUCUUUGUGACCCGAGCAGGCAUGAAAGAACCCACCAAUCAUGCACACUGAUGGAAUCAGCUCCCACACUAACCAGUUGUAGCGGCCAAAGCUUGAUAUAGUGUUGUAACCACUAUUGCUCAUAGAAAAGUGGGGACUCUUUGAUUUGGCAUAUAAAUGAUGUAUUAGGGAUGAGUAAACAAAGGGAGAGAGUACUGUAUAGAGAAAAAUUUCUUUUGUUACUCAGACACUAUUUGCUUAUUAUUUCUUAAUUGUGGAGAUUACAUGUUGCUUAGCAACUACGGACUUUACCACGCACUUUCAUUGCAUACUCCCGUUAUAAAAGAUCCUUUAAUGGAAAAGCUCAAAAGAUCCUUUAAAGCUCUCUCUCCGGAUCAUCCUUCUGGUCAACCACAAGAAGAGCGCAGAGUUCUCUUGAACCAAAUCGAAUCACUAGAAAGUUCAAUCCUAGACAUGCCGGCGCCUAUGUCAUCUUCUUCACAGUCGCUCUCGAAGUCCCCUGCUGCCGAUGGUUCUACUGAGUUCACUGCUAACAUUAUGCCUAUAGAAACCGAGCUGUCUACUUAUCGCUUGCAGACCCAGCUGGGAAAUAGCAAUGUUAAUUAUUCCACUGCGGUAAACCCUUGGGAUGCUAACAAGGUCUGGAGGGAUUCUAGCUACGAUUUCUCCAACGAUGAGGUGAUUAACGCUAAGAAAAACGGCAAUAAAGAUUUCGACUUUGUUUCUGAGUCACCUCUGUCGAGGGUGGCGGAGAGUCCGACCAUUGGUCAGAUUUCUCCGAGGGAAGUCCGGGUCUCAUUCAAUGAGAACUUGAAUGAACGGGUUCGCCGUCGGUCAAUUGCCAGCGGAGAGCAGCGGAGUAGUGCAGCGGAAGACGUUGUGGUAUGCAGUACAACCUCAUCUUUUCGUAGAAAGUCGGGGCUCCUAUCUACUAAGAUGAAGUCCAGGUUGUUGGACCCCCCUGAGCGGCAGAAUGAUCAGAGGUCUCAGAGGAUGACCAUGAAGUCUGGGGUAUUGGGCAAGGGGUGUGAAGUCGAGGAAGAUGACCCUUUCCUGGAAGAGGAUUUACCAGAAGAUUACAAGAAGAUUAACUUUAGUCCUCUAACUAUUAUGCAAUUGGUGAGUUUGGUCCUGAUUGUUGCAGCUUUGGUUUGUACUGUCUCCUUCCGUGUGCUGAGAAGGAAGGCUGUUUAUGACCUUGACUUGUGGAAAUGGGAGUUGAUGGUCUUGGUGUUGAUUUGUGGAAGAAUGGUUUCUGGUGGGGGGAUUAGGGUUGCAGUUUUUUUUAUUGAGCGGAAUUUUCUAUUGCGAAAGAGGGUUUUAUAUUUUGUAUAUGGAUUAAGAAAUGCAGUGCAGAAUUGCAUUUGGUUGAGUUUAGUUUUGAUAGCUUGGCAGUGCAUAUUCGAUAAGAGGGUUGAGAGGGCUACCCAUGGGGAUAUAUUGCCACAUGUGACCCGAGUUUGGAUUUGUUUGCUUGUGGGAACUUUCAUAUGGCUUGUGAAGACGGUGCUAGUCAAGGUUCUUGCUAUGUCAUUCCAUGUCAAUGCAUUUUUUGAUAGGAUUCAAGAAUCUUUGUUCAAUCAAUAUGUGAUUGAGACUUUAUCUGGCCCUCCGUUGAUUGAGAUUUUGCGAGAACAAGAGGAGGAGGAUAAGACGAUGGCUGAGGUGCAAAAGCUUCAAAGCGCUGGGGCUACAUUGCCUCCUGAUCUCAAAGCUGCAAUAUUUUAUAAGAGCGGGAGACUUAUCGGGACCCCGCGAAAGAGCCCAACUUCUGCCACUGCAAGGAGCCCAACUCCAAUGUUUUCAAGAGUCAUGUCUAAGAAGGAAAAGGUUCAGGAGGGAGGAAUCACUCUUGAUCAUUUGCACAGGCUCAAUCAGAAGAAUGUUUCUGCCUGGAAUAUGAAGAGGCUGAUGAAUAUUGUUCGGAAAGGUGUGUUGUCUACUUUAGACGAACAGCUUGAUGAGUCCACAUGUGAAGAUGAAUCUGCAGUGAAGAUUACCAGUGAAAAACUGGCAAAAGUUGCAGCCAAGAAGAUAUUUAACAAUGUGGCAAAGCGAGGCUCCAAGUUUAUUUACACGGAGGAUCUUCUAUGCUUUAUGAGAGAGGAUGAAGCAUUAAAAGUGUUGCAUCUUUUCGAAGCUGGAAAUGAGACCAAAGGAAUCAGUAAGCGUGCUCUCAAAAAUUGGGUGGUCAAUGCAUUUCGAGAACGGAGAGCUCUUGCUUUGUCUCUAAAUGACACCAAAACUGCUGUGAACAAAUUGCAUCAUAUGUUGAAUGUUCUUGUAGCAGUACUCAUAGUGGUCAUCUGGCUUCUUAUACUGCGAGUUGCAACCAUGCAUUUUUUUGUGUUUUUAAGUUCUCAGAUUCUAUUGGUGGUAUUCAUGUUUGGAAACACAGCUAAGACAACAUUUGAGGCCAUAAUUUUCUUAUUUGUAAUGCAUCCAUAUGAUGUUGGUGAUCGUGUUGAAAUUGAUGGCGUUCAGAUGGUCGUUGAAGAGAUGAAUAUAUUGACAACUGUAUUCUUACGAUUUGACAAUCAAAAAAUAUUCUAUCCAAAUAGUGUUUUGUCUACAAAGCUUAUAGGUAAUUUUUACCGUAGUCCGGAUAUGGGAGAUUCAAUUGAUUUUGCCAUUCAUAUUUCAACUCCAAUGGAAAAGAUUGCAACUAUGAAAGAGAGAAUAACAAGCUACAUCCAGAACAAGCGUGACCAUUGGUAUCCGACUCCAUCAGUAGUGAUGAGAGAUAUAGAAGACAUGAACAGGAUAAAAUGGUCUGUUUGGAUUUCACACACAAUGAAUUUCCAGGACAUGGGGGAGAGGUGGGUGAGGAGAGCCCAACUUGUUGAAGAGAUGAUCAAAGUAUUCAAGGAGCUUGAUAUUGAGUACCGCAUGCUCCCGAUUGAUGUCAAUGUCCGAAACAUGCCUUCACUCACUUCUACUAGACUCCCAUCUAACUGGACUGCUUGUUCCACAUAAUCUUAUACUGUUUGCAUAUAUAUA